AUGGGCCACUUUCGUGCUACAGUUGUGGGAAAUUUUGUCAAGAAUAUUAAUCUUGCUGCCGGAAACCGUGUGACUGCCAUUAAUUACCUCGGAGAUUGGGGAACUCAACUUGGAAUGCUCUGUUUGGGUUAUAGCCACUUUGGUAACCCCCAUCUGCUUGAAACUGACCCUUUAAAACACCUUCAUUCGGUUUACGUGCGGGCAUGUCAGUCAUUUGGUUCUACGGACGACGGAAUGACAGACGCAUCGUCACUUUCAACGGCUCUCGAGACAGGCGAGAGACCCGACCUCGUCACACUCUGGUCCAAGUUUCGCAGCUGCAGUAUUGAGGAACUUAAGCGCCUCUAUGCG